AACACCCGUCAGUUUUCCUUCCCAACUUAAGAUGCAUUUCGUGUUUAUAUUGUGCGUGUUCGUUCUCGUGUUGGACAUACUCGAAGGAGCUACAAUCUGCAAGGUACCUAACGGUGACGCCGGGACAUGUAUUGACAUAUCAAAAUGUAAGCCACUGUCGGACAUUUACAACAAAAGACCAAAAACUAAGGAAGAAAAUAAGUACAUCGCACAAGCGUACUGCGGAAAUCCAUCCAGUGCUAAAAUUAAGGUGUGCUGUCCGCAUGAAUCAACAUGGAGCAAUUUCAUGGUGAAUCCCGUUCUAUACGAGAGACCACCUAUAGGCAACGGCGUACAACAAGGACCUGUUACUAUGCCCUCCAAAUACAAACCGCCACCUCAGCCCGCAACCAUCGAGCCAGCAGUGGUCCCAUUGUCAGCAAACCCCAACUUGGUCGGUACAACAGGAAACCAACAAACUGUGACUUUCAAAAAUCAAGAUAACUGCGGCCUGUACGUCUUCAGCUCCAAUAAAAUCAUUGGUGGAGAGCCAACAGGCAUCGACCAGUAUCCAUGGCUAGUGUUGUUGGAAUAUGCCGGAGGUAUACUUGGCUGCGGUGGCAGUCUGAUUUCAUCCAGAUUCAUAUUGACCGCUGCUCACUGCGUUGACAGCAUAAAUGGGAAACCGCAAAUUGCCCGUUUGGCAGAAUAUAACAUAACAUCGUACCCCAUAGAUGUUGUGGAAGUCGAAGGAGGUGGCGAGGACCAGAUAGAGAAUAUAUUCAUACCCGUUGAGUCCGUCAUGAAACAUCCCGGAUUCUCAAGAAGAAAUUUACAACACGACAUUGGACUUGUCAAGCUGUCGCAGGAUGUUGUCUUCUCAGAUUUCAUCAAAACGGUGUGCCUACCAACGAGGGAUUACGUGCCGGAGUUCACUGCGAGCACAAACUUCACCGUCGCCGGCUGGGGCGACGAUCCCAGCAAGACAGAGUUCUACGACGUGAAGAAAGAAGUCGACGUACCGUACGUCCCCAUGAGCAAGUGUAGAAAUACGAUCACGACGGAUCUGAUCGACAACCAGAUAUGCGCGGGCGGAGAGGAGGGGAAGGACACCUGCAAAGGCGACUCCGGCGGCCCCCUGUUGCACCUCAUCAACCAGACGACAUACAUAGCGGUGGGAGUGGUCAGCUUCGGGCCGAAGAGCUGCGGAACGCGCGGCCAACCGGCGGUUUACACGCACGUCUACAAAUAUCUCGAUUGGAUAGCGAAAACGAUGGAGGAGCUAUGAAAUUGUAA